AUUGUUAUAUACCAUCCCAUCUUCUAGCGUUCCCUUCAGUGCUUGAACAGGAACGUCCCUUGGUAGCCUACAAAGUUGAACAGUCGGCCUCUGGCUAAUGGAACUCGUUCAGUUCCUUGAUUGUUGGGCCAGAUCUUGCUAGUUUGUUCCUGGUUGUUCGGGUGGCUUGCAAAUCACAUCUUCUGUUUCGGCGAUCCUUGUAAGAUCAUGGCUGUCACACGUCCCUUAUGUAUCAUUUGCGAUACAGUCGAAGGCAAAUACAAGUGCCCUCGAUGUAGCACGUAUACCUGUUCCCUAACCUGCUCUCGUGAGCACCGUGAUAACCACCCAGCUAUUGAAGAGAAGCCAAACCCCACGGAAAGCAGUGAUGUAGCUAGAGUGGCGCAAGCUGCCCCUUCAGAAGAACAAAAACCUGCCAAAAUAUCCGAAAUUGCCGACUCGCCAGAGUACAAGGCGCUGCUCCAGCGGUAUCCGGACCUAGAGUUAUAUCUCUGGGACAUUGCCACAGCCACGGACCCUCCUAAGCCUAGCCACGGCGGUAACAUUGCUCGUAAGGCGAAGCAACCGUGGACCCAGGAAGUGGGGAUGAACAACGCUGUUCACCUCGUACAGUCUAUCAAAGCAUCUCCAGGGGACGUUAGAGACGCCCUCCGAGAGUUCAGCGAUAUAGUGUCCAUUUUCAAGACAAGGUUACAAGCCCACGAUGACCAAAUGCGGAAGCGCAGAGCAGAGGACGUUGAGAUAAUCAAUAAGCUGUUACGAGAGGAGAAAUCCUGAGGCAUUUCUUCUACUUACACCCCACGGUUGUUAGCUCGGGCGUGCCAGUCGUCUGGCGGGUUUCCUACUGCUAAAGAUAAUAUCACUAUACAAGAAACAGAGAUUUCUUGUAAUGAUCUAUUCAGGCUGUGUACGUCAUGUCCUGCCUUAAGUUUGCUUUAAGCUACUAUGACUGAUAUAGCCAAUCAGACCCCAAUAUUCAUCCAGUUAGCUCACACCCACUACGCAUAAGUUGACCACAAUCUUCGCCACCGGUCACUGUUGAGACAUUGAUGGGGAAUCUGACCCUAGUCAUGUGUAUUGCAUGAGCGGAUUUCAGUCAUCAGCCUCGGCGACGCAUUAGUGGUGAAUAAGUUGCCACUCGGCGUCAUGUCACAGGACGUGUUUCCUUUCGGAAUGGCUGCCCGUUUGUUGACGCCCAGCCUACGAGUUCUCACAUGGGUGGUUAGUUACACGGUUCCCCGGCAUUAGGUCUUACUUUGAUUCCCACUACUUCUGAUAUCUGUGAUGUACUCUGAACGACCUUGUCAUACGUACAACAGAUGUGUACUGGACAAUAUGUAAAGUAUAGGCCAUGGACAUACAGGAAGAUGAAGGGAGGAGGAGAAUAACCUGUAUUAUAAACCGUGCUAUACUCUAAAGUAUUUUUAUCAUUACAUUGUGACUUCGAGAAACCUGUUAAAACCUAGG